AUGACUAGAGAGCUUUAUGGCUUGGAAAAUUCGAGAGUUCGCCUGCUGGAUUCAGAAGACACUGGGAUUACCUUACUGAAUAUAUCCCAAUUGACUCUUACCUCGGAUGUAAAGGCUCAGCAGAAUGAAGAUCCAGUUUUAGCUAGCAUUAAGAGAGUCUCAAUGCCCCACUUGCCAACGGGUAAAGAUAGAAAAUCAGAAACACAACGGCUUAUUACAGGAAAUGGAGAUCCCAGCAUGGAAGUGGGAAUAAGAACUACCUGUGCAGUUGAAGACUAUGCUAAGCUGUAUCUUAUGGAGAUUGUACGACAUUAUGGCAUUCCGGUGUCAAUUAUUUUGGACAGAGGCACUCAGUUUACGGCAAAGUUCUUGAAAUCUUUUCAGGAAAGCCUUGGGACUCGGGCAAAUCAUAGUAUGGCUUUCCAUCCGCAGUCAAAUGAGCAGGCUGAGCGGACUAUCCAGACUUUAGAAGAUAUGUUACGAGCAUGUGUACUGGAUUUCCAAGGGAGUUGUGAUGAUCAUUUGCCUCUGAUAGAGUUUUCUUAUAACUAUAGCUAUCAUGCUAGUAUCAAAAUGGCUUCGUAUGAGGCAUUAUAUGGCAGAAAGUGCAGGUCUCCCGCCGGAUGGUUUAAAGUUGGGGAAGAAAACUUAUUCGGGCCAGACCUUGUUUAUCAAGCUAUUGAAAAGGGCGUGAUGUGGUUUGGUAUGAAAGGGAAGCUCAGUCCUCGAUAUAUCGAACAUUAUAGGAUUGUCCGAAAGGUAGGCCAGGUGGCUUAUGAAUUCGAGCUGCCAUCAGAACUGCAAGCGGUUCAUCCAGUUUUUCAUGUGUCCAUGCUGAGGAAGUGUAUUGCAGAUCCCUCCAGAAUCAUACAUGCUGAUGAAAUACAAGUUACAGAAAAUCUGAUGUAUGAGGAAGAACCAAUUUCUAUUCUAGAUCGACAAGUCCGUAGACUCAGAAACAAAGAUGUGGCUUUAGUAAAGGUUCUAUGGUGGAGUAAAGACAGGGAAGAGAUGACGUGGGAAGCUAAAGUACAGAUGAAUUCCAAAUAUCCCCAUUUAUUCCCUGCCACAUAUGACACUAUUCCGGAGGAAUCCUUGCAAGACUCUGCUUUACCCGCAAAUCACUGA